AUGACAUUGGCCAGAACCUUGUUCGAUGAAAUGCCUUACAAAAGUCAAGUGUCUUGGACAGCUAUACUUGUUGGAUAUGCACGGACAGGGGAGGUGGAAAUUGCAAGGGAGCUAUUCAAUUAUAUGCCUCAGAAAGAUGCCGCAGCCUUCAAUGCAAUGACAGAUGCUUUUGUCAAAUCAGGGAAUGUGGAUUCUGCAAGGGAGUUGUUUAAUGAGAUGCCAGAGAGGAACGUUGUCUCUUGGACUACUUUGAUUUAUGGGUAUUGCAAGAAUGGUGAUCUCAAAGCAGCUAGAUUACUCUUCAAUGCAAUGCCAGAGAAGAAUCUGAUCUCAUGGAAGGCAAUCAUUGGGGGUUACUGCCAGAACAAGCAACCUCAAGAGGCAUUAGAAUUGUUCAGGGAGAUGCAAUCAUAUGCUUCUCUUGAGCCAGAUAAAGUUACUAUUGUGAGCAUUCUUCCAGCUAUUGCUGAUUUAGGAGCAUUAGAUCUGGGUGGUUGGAUUCACAGAUUUGUCAGGAGAAAGAAACUGGAUAAAGUGAGAAACGUUUGCACUGCAUUGGUAGACAUGUAUGCUAAAUGUGGUGAAGUUCUGAAAGCAAAACAAGUUUUCGACAAGAUGCAUGAUAGAGAAGCAGUUUCUUGGAAUGCCAUGAUCAAUGGGUUUGCCAUCAAUGGAUGUGCCAAGGAGGCACUAGAGGUGUUCUUGGAGAUGCAGAAGGAAGCAGUUGAGCCAAAUGAGAUAACCAUGCUUGGGGUAUUGUCUGCUUGUAAUCAUGGUGGCCUAGUUGAGGAAGGGAAGAAAUGGUUUCUAGAAAUGGAGGGGCGUGGCCUCUCCCCAGGAAUCGAGCAUUAUGGUUGCCUUAUAGAUCUUUUGGGGAGGGCAGGGCAUUUGGAGGAAGCUGAGCAAUUGAUUGUGAAAAUGCCUUGUGAGAUUAACGGGAUAAUCUUGAGCUCUUUUCUGUUUGCUUGUGGCUGCCGUGGAGAUGUUCUUGGGACUGAGAGGGUGAUGAAAAGAGCAUUUGAAAUGGAGCCGAAGAAUGAUGGGAAUUAUGUCAUGUUGAGGAACUUGUAUGCUGGGGAGAGAAGAUGGAAGGAUAUGGAGGAGAUUAAGGGAUUGAUGAGGAGGAACAGCGCCAGGAAAGAGGCCGGUUGCAGUGUCAUCGAGGUUAACGGAGGCACUUGGGAAUUUGAAGCAGGGGACAGAGUGCACCCCCAGUGGCAUUUGAUAAAUUGGGUGCUGGGUCAAUUAUUGGUACAUAUGAGGGGAGAAACCACUUGAUUAUGUAUACAUGGAAUGACAAUUGAGAACUAUUACCCAUUACAAUUCAGGAGAGCAUAAGAAGUGACCAAACUCGAGACAAACCUCUAACAAUGAUACU